GAUCACCGAGCUCGCGUUUGCGCGUGGCCUGGGGGGAAUAUCGCUGUCUCACCUCCGUCGUGUUGCCCGCGGAACGUCGUUAAAAAUCUCUACGGCAUGUUGGCCCUAGCGCGGCACAGCUUGCUGGCACUCGCAUGUGCAAGCGCUGUCAUUGCGAUACCAGCCCCUUCUACAUACCCAGACGGCGCCCUCACCCGCGAUCUCGCCAUACGCCAAGAUGCCGUCGAAAACUGUGACGGGAAUUAUACCAGCAAGAACGGGCUUGCGUUUACGAUAUACUGCGGACAGAACAAUCCACAGAAUGACGCUGUGAGAAACGACAAGGGAGUCGGGAUAUGGUUUUACACUGGCACAUACACCGAGUGUCUGGAGCACUGCUCGCGCUUCUGGGGCGACGGCGAAGGCUGCUUUGGCAUCACCUGGACUGGAGGUGGCGGCCAUUGCUGGCUCCGAACCAGCAACGUCACCACCGCAACCCUCGAACCCCAGGCCGAUGCCGUGUCUGCUGUUCUUACCGACAAGAGCCAGAUGAAGGGCUUCGACAAAGAGUGCCCAAACGCAGACUUGUCGGACAAAGCCCUCCCUGGCGUCGAAGGCAUAUCCUACACAACGCACUGCGGCAAGGUCAUUGCAGAGCCACCGCACUGCUUCAACGAAUUCGACUGUCUCGAAGUCCCAUACCGCGCCUUCUACCACACAUGGUCGCUGGAAGAAUGCCUGAAAGUCUGUGCUGGCCUCCACCCGCUCUGCCGCGCCGUCUCAUGGAACCCCGGGCUCGAAGUCGGCUUCGCAAACUGCUGGCCCAAGUACGGGCUCCAGCCGUCCUUUGUAAACCCCAUCGCCAAACAAGGCAUCAUGCACGCCGCGCAGAUGAUUGCCUUUGACACCCCAGACACCAAAUGCCCUACAGACAGCGUGUACCACGCCGGCGGCACCAAGGCCGGCCCGCGCUUCGACAUCCACUGCGGCAAGCUGAAUCCAGGCCGCAACAUUACCAAUCUGCACACGCAGAAUGUGACUGCGUGCAUGGAUGCGUGUGCGGCCAGCACCCAAGGCUGCAAAGCCAUUCUGUUUUCCUCGGUGCUCGACGCCGGGUAUAACAAUUGCUAUCUGCAGAAUACAACGAGUAUUAUUACCGACCAGCCGACGGCUACCUAUGCUGUUAUUGCCGAUGCGGCGAUUCCUUCGUCCAGCACCGACCUGGAGAAUGCUACUGCGUCUGGAUCUUCUGCCUCUUCUUCUUCUUCUUCUUCUUCUUCUUCUUCUUCUUCUUCUUCUUCUUCUUCUUCUUCUUCUUCCAGUAACAACAACAACGGUAAUUCAGACUCCUCCUCCUCCUCCUCCCCAAGCAAAGCCUGGAUCGCCGGCCCAGCAAUCGGCGGCGUAAUCGCUCUCGCUGCCCUCGCCGCUCUUCUCCUCUGGUACCGCCGCCGAAAACCGCAUUCCCACUCCUCCCCUUCUUCUUCUUCUUCUCCCCUGGAAAAAGACGCCGCCACAGCAACAGCAGCGUACAAUGACCCUGAAACCCCGUUUUACGGUAAUACUGGUGGUGGAGGUGGAGGUAGUGGAGGAGGAGGAGGAGGACAACAGCAUUACACAGCCGAAAUGCAAGCUACAAGUCGAAAUGAGUUACAAGGUAGUAGCAAGGCACCCGUGUGUUUUGGCCCCCGAGGUGAGGCCCAGGAGAUGCCUGGGUGA